AUGGCGUCAUCCACACCCUCCCCACUCCUCAAGCAGCCCGUCAAGCUGGCAUGUGUGCAGCUUGCCACGGGGCCAGAUAAAGCCGCAAACCUCUCGCGCGCCGCCGACAAGGUUCGCGAGGCGGCCUCGUCCGGCGCCAAAAUCGUCGUGCUCCCAGAGUGUUUCAACUCGCCCUACGGAUGCGCCCACUUCCCCCAGUAUGCGGAGCCGCUGCUCCCCUCGCCGCCAAGCCCGGAGCAGUCCCCGUCCUUCCACGCGCUGUCCGCCAUGGCGCGCGACAACGGCGUCUACCUGAUAGGCGGUUCCAUCCCGGAGCUUUACACCGCGCCGUCUACCGCUGCAAACGGCAAGGAAGAAGAAGAAACCAAAACCUACUUCAACACCUCGCUCAUCUUCUCCCCUUCUGGCUCGCUGCUCGCGACGCACCGCAAGGUCCACCUCUUCGACAUCGACAUUCCCGGGGGCAUCACCUUCAAGGAAUCCGACGUGCUCUCGCCAGGCAACAAGCUGACGGUGGUGGACCUGCCCGAGUACGGGCGGAUAUCCGUGGCCAUCUGCUACGACGUGCGCUUCCCCGAGCUGGCCAUGAUCGCCGCGCGCAAGGGCUGCUUCGCGCUCGUCUACCCGGGCGCCUUUAACCUGACCACGGGCCCGCUGCACUGGCGCCUGCUGGGCCAGGCGCGCGCCGUCGACAACCAGGUCUAUGUGGCCCUUUGCAGUCCUGCGAGGGACAUGAGUGCCGACUACCACGCCUGGGGCCACAGCAUGGUGGUGGAUCCCAUGGCCAAAGUGCUCGUCGAGGCCGAAGAGACUGAGACCAUUGUCACGGCUGACCUGGACGGGGACAUGAUCGAGGCGGCAAGGAAGGGGAUUCCCCUAAGGGAUCAGAGACGGUUUGAUGUGUAUCCUGAUGUGAGCCAGGGAAAGGCUCGUUAUGAGGAGUAG